AUGUGCAAAAUGCAAUGGUUUCAAAAAUCUCCAUUGAUUCUGGAAAAACCUGUGGUUGAAUUCCCCAUUCUUGUUCAAAAGGUACGAAAUUCCUGGGUGCCAACCUGCCUAUGGCAACCUAGAAUUCUCCAGGGCAGGCUCGCAAAAUCUUCACCUACUCUCUGGGACAGUACUUUGCAAGAACAGAAGGGGGAAUUACGAAAACGUCUAUCAUACACUACCCAUAAACUGGAAAUGCUUGAAACGGAAUUUGAUUCUACACGUCAGUAUCUUGAAAUAGAAUUGAGACGUGCUCAGGAGGAACUUGAGAAAGUAACUGAAAAACUGAGAAGGAUACAAAAUAAUUACCUAGCCUUACAAAGAAUUAAUCAGGAUCUGGAAGAUAAACUUUACAGAAUGGGUCAACAUUACGAAGAAGAAAAGCGGGCUUUGAGCCAUGAAAUAAUUGCACUUAAUAAUCACUUAAUUGAGGCCAAGGUGACAAUAGAUAAGUUGUCAGAAGACAAUGAGCUCUAUAGGAAGGACUGCAAUUUAGCUGCUCAAUUGCUCCAGUGCAGCAAGAAUUACGAGAGGGCACAUAAACUUUCUGAGAAAUGCACAGAGACUGUGGCCUUCACAUUAGUCAAAGAACCAUAUCUGUUGCCAUCUGACUUUCAGGAAAGAGUCAGCAUCCAUCUGGAAAAACAUGGGUGCAGCCUUUCUGUCCCCUUGUGCCGCACAUCUUAUGCUGAUACCAUACCCACCUGUGUCAUCGCCAAAGUACUGGAGAAACCAGAUCCAAACAGCUUGUCUUCACACUUGUCAAGCCCCUCUACAAGGGAUCUCAAUUUUCAGGACUCUGCUGGAAAACUCGAGCAGAGGCCUCAGUACAAGUCAGACAUCUACUGCAGCGACACCGCUCUGUACUGCCCCGAGGAGAGGAGGAGGGAGAGGAGACCGAGUGUGGACACACAAGUGAAAGACGUGGGGUUCCUGCGGUCCCAGAACUCUACAGACAGUACUGUUGAAGAAGAUGGCUUCCAUUCCAGCUUCUCUCACGAAGCCUUCCCAGAGUACAUUACCUCUUUGCCGACCUCCAGCUCCUAUUCUAGCUUCAGCGUCACAUCUGAAGAGAAGGAGAACGCCCAAGCCAACACUAUGACAGCCUCCCAGCAAGCAAUCUACAUGAGCAACCGAGAUGAACUGUUUGAAAGAAAGUCACCUGCAGGUUAUGAGCAUCAGGGAAGCCCAAGGUUUGCCAAGUCAAAACCUGCACAGCACAUGGAGCUUGCUGAUGACAACGAGAACUCCCCCACGUUUACUCGGACUCUGCCUCCUUAUGCAAACGAACCUUUUCAUUUCUCAGCCAUAACACCACAGCAGGCUUUAGCAAAUCAAAAAAUGAGGAAUGAGUGCAGGAGCACCAACCUUUCAGAAGAAGACUUACCUGGGCGAUGGAGGCAGUUGAGUGUGGAGGACAUUGGUGCAUACUCUUACAGGAACACUGGCAGGCUAUCACCCUGCAGCUUUUCAGAGCAGUAUUACAGCAGCCCUAUGAAAACAGGAGACAGUCGAACAAGUCCCAUCUAUGCUAGUUACAAAGCAGAUAGCUGCUCAGAGGGAGAUGAUAUCUGCCAAAGCAGACUUGUGGAUUCUUGCUUCCUGAGAACAGACAGUGGCCUGAACAUUGACAUCAGCACUAGCUGUAAACAGGACAAGCUGCCCACUUACAAAACAAAAGAAUUAAGAGACCAAAAAAAUGAAAGGAUCACUGUCCAGUUAUGCAGUAGCAAAAACAUCGAAAAUAGCCCAGUGUUGAAAAGAGAAUAUGUGGACGUGAGCCCCAACAGCUCUGCAGAGUCCCUCAAUCACAGUUCAAUAGAGGCUUCAGAAAUCCACCAGUCUUCCAUGGAGCAAGGAAGCCAUUCGAGUAUUCACAGCAAACAGCAGCAGUUUCAGCGGACUGGGAGUACUGGUUUGAGCCGGAAGGACAGCCUUACAAAAGCACAACUAUAUGGAACCCUUCUGAAUUAGGCAUCUUCCAGAACUGCAAUAAGACCACAAGCGAAGGAAAGCAAACCACGUUUGAUACUUCUUGUGAGCGUAAGGUUUAAGAAAUGGAUUAUAAAAUAUAUAUUCAUAAUGGUACUAUAUGUUUGAAAUGAAAUCUCUCCAAAAAUGUUAUA